GCAGCGGGGAGGAGCUCGCCGCGGGCAUGGCCGGGGCGCUGCGGGGAGGGGCCGGGCUCGCUGCCGCUGCUGCUGGCCGGGUCCCGGGCCCGUGAGCUGCAGGGGCUGCGGGCAUGGGGCGGCCCUGGCUCCCCCUGGCCUCCGGGGCCAGGCAGGAGGCGCUGACGGGCUAGAGACGCGCACCCGGCUCUGCCCUGAGGAGACCGAGCAGCCUCCAUCGCGGCGGGAGACGGGAGCUGGUGGAGACGGACGGGCACAUGCUCCCCCGUGGGCUCGCGGGGGAUCCUCCUGAGCGGAUUAUAGCCCGAUGCCUGGCUGCGCUGGGUGCCUUGUUUGAGUCCAGCCGCUUAGGUGGGAUCCGGGGUGGAGGAGACGCGGUUUGCUGAGCUGCAAACCACGCUGCCCCCAAGCUUGGGCUGUAAGUUGCUCGUGGCUAAUGGGACGAUGUACACUUUUGUGGUACGAGAUGAAAACAGCAGCAUCUAUGCUGAAGUGUCCAAAAUACUCCUGGCCACCGGACAAUGGAAGAGGCUGAAAAGAGACAACCCCAGAUUUAACCUGAUGCUGGGGGAGAGGAACAGACUGCCCUUUGGGAGACUGGGUCAUGAACCUGGACUUGUGCAGCUGGUAAAUUACUACAGGGGAGCUGACAAGCUUUGUCGCAAAGCUUCCUUAGUGAAGCUAAUCAAGACAAGCCCUGAGUUAUCAGAAUCCUGCACAUGGUUCCCAGAAUCAUAUAUGAUUUAUCCAACUAACCUAAAGACUCCAGUGGCUCCCGUGCAGAAUGGAAUUCGCCAUCUUAUAAACAACUCCAGGACGGAUGAAAGGGAAGUGUUCCUGGCCUCCUACAACAAGAGAAAGGAGAGUGGGGAGGGGAACGUGUGGAUAGCCAAAUCCUCGGCCGGUGCCAAAGGUGAAGGAAUUCUUAUUUCUUCAGAGGCUACUGAACUUCUGAACUUUAUAGAUGAUCAAGGACAAGUGCAUGUGAUUCAGAAAUACCUUGAAAAGCCGAUGCUGUUAGAGCCAGGCCAUCGCAAGUUUGAUAUUAGAAGCUGGGUUCUAGUGGACCACCAAUAUAAUAUCUACCUCUACAGAGAAGGUGUUCUGCGGACCUCUUCAGAACCAUACAAUAGUGCUAAUUUCCAAGACAAAACCUGCCAUUUGACCAAUCACUGCAUACAGAAGGAAUAUUCUAAAAACUAUGGGAAGUAUGAAGAAGGGAACGAAAUGUUCUUUGAGGAGUUCAAUCAGUAUCUGAUGAGUUCUUUGAACAUUACACUGGAAAGUAGCCUGUUAUUGCAGAUCAAACAAAUAAUAAGAAGCUGCCUUAUGUGUAUAGAGCCUGCAAUCAGCACCAAACACCUUCACUACCAGAGUUUCCAGCUCUUCGGCUUUGACUUCAUGGUAGAUGAGGAACUGAAGGUCUGGCUAAUCGAAGUGAAUGGGGCCCCCGCCUGUGCACAGAAACUUUAUGCAGAGCUUUGCCAAGGUAUAGUGGAUGUAGCCAUCUCUAGCGUCUUUCCCCUCAGUGACAUAGUGCAAAAGCAGAGCCAGCCAUCCAUAUUUAUGAAGCUGUGAUGACAACAAGACCAUCUUAGCGACACACAUGGCAGAGCUGCCAUCUAUCGAUUCUGAGGGAAGGCCGUUUGAUCAUUGACUUUAGUAUCAUGCCAAAAAGGAGGAAAGAGACAACUUUUUGGAAAUUCAUGAGGAAAAUAUAAAUAAAAGAAGGCAUCCAAGGAGAGUCCAGGAUGAGCCAAAGUUGUUCAGACAACUCUGCCUGUGUUUCACCAAACUUUGCUUUGGAAACAGCUCAUGUGACUUUAAUAACUGAAGCAAAUCUCUCUGGGAGAACAGCAAAAUAAUGUUUAAAAAAAACCAGGGAUACAAUAAUAUUGUAUUAUCUCGUCCUUUUCUAAAAAGAAACCUUUUUCCUUUUUUUUUAUUUAAAUAAGGCAAUUUAAUGAAGAGUACCAUCGAUGUGGGUUUCUUGGUUCAUCACCUGCUGCAGUUUUAGUGCCUUAGCUCAGUCCCCAAUAGGUAACUCCUUUUUGUUCCUGCUCCAUUUGUGUGGAGGUGAAAAGCUGUCUUGUUUUGUGGGAUGUGUAAAAGAAGAAAAAAUGAAUUUUAAGUCUAUUUUAAAAUCAGCUAGCGAAACACCCAGGAACGAUAUGGCAAAGGUGGCACCACUGAGGGUACUGUAUCUAGCGCGAUGAAGUAGCCUAGGGGUUGAAGGAGGUUUUAUUUACUUGUAUCCAUUGUCUAAUGAGAUUUGAAUCGGUUGUCCCUCAGUCUGGUGCAGUUGGAACCCCUAGAAAACAAAUACUGAGCCCCUCUCCCACUGAUCUGCAGUUUUUAGGGAGUCCAGGUUGACACUCUUCUUGAGAACAUUGCUGUAACAGAGUCUGACUUUCUUGGAAGGCUUGUUCAGAGGGGCAUUCAAAUGAUCUUAGUUCAGCUCUUCUUUCAGCUUUUAUGCUUUUAAUACCUUCAUUUUUGUUAACCAAAAGAAUGCCAACGGGACCCUGGCAGCCUCUUUAAGAGCUGCUCUUGUACAUUUUUUUUAAACUCUUCAUCUUAUUUUAAUGCAUCUGAGGCUUGAAAAUAAAAGCCUUUCCACCCAACCCGUUGUAUCCCUUUCAACCCAACCAAUUUUCUCUCUCUCCAUUGGCCAAACAUUGCAUUUUUCAGCACUUACAGGUCAGCACUGCCAAAACAUGGCUGGGUUUUUUACCCCAAGCAUCAUCAGUCAGUAGAAAUAGGCUCACCUCUUGGGGAAAGCAUUUGAUGAUCAGCUGGUGCUGCUGUAGAACAGCAGGGAAACUCUUGUUGCAUAUUGCGUUGUGUUAUUGUGAUAACCUUUUAGAAAAGUGAAUGUAGAAACUCACAUUUUUUAAGUAUAACCUAAAUAGAUAUGUGAAAUCCUGGGAACAUUCCGCACAUCAUAAACAGACCCUUUAAGUUACAAUUUUUAACCUAAUAGGUUGGCUGUGUCUCUUGUAGAACACAGUGGGGUCCCUAACAGCAAGCUGGGUACUGUAGAUUGUAAGUGUGUUCCGUAUUGCAAUGCAGUGUGUUGGGAAUUUUCAGUAGGGAUAGAGAGGUGGAAUUUUAAAUUUAAUCUUGGUGUUUAAGAAGUAAUAGUCUGUGUUUGCAAAUGACUAAUACUAACAAAAUCCCCUUUUUUAAGGAAACCAGUAAGAUUUCUAUAAGCUAUUACGCAUUUUCAGUACUGAGAUGCUGCAGUUCUACGUGCAUUACAUGUUGCAUCCUAGCAUAUUUUAGUUCUAUGAUUAGAUUUUUUUUGUCUACAUAUUUUAAAAGGUCAGUGAAAUGAUGCAGCUUCCUAACGAACAAAUGUGCAUGACUGAAUGAGAAGCAGAAUCUGAUACGGAAAGGCAUGAGAGAGUUGUUUAGAAGGAUUUAUCUUGUGUGGUGCACACUCCACACAGGAUACUGUUGUGGAACACUGACAUCUGCACCUGGAUCAAAUCCAGCAAGAGUUCUGGCUCUGCUGGUCGGAUCAGAACUACGUUCUGUUGUCUCUGACAGUUGCUUUGGGUUGAGGAUACUUACAUUAAUGACGGUGACCCAAGCAAAAGAAAAGUGGCUCCUGCUACAAAAAAAACACCAAAACAACACCUUUAGGAGGUUCCAAGCUUCUGAUUGGCCAAGUUUAAAAAGCAUUGAGUUAAGUAGUAUAAUUUUUCCCUCCAGUGACAUGUCUGAGCACUCUUACACACUUACCUCGACUUUGGGCUGAGAUCUCCCAUCUCUGAAUUCAGGUUUCAGUGGUGGUUACCAGUGUAGAGCUCUGUGAAUGAAUGCACCUGUCACACUUUGCCAAGUCCGGUGUUCGUAAAUCUUGGCUCUAUAGCAAAGGGAGAGACCGAAGCAUUUCUGUGAGGUGUACGGAGCUUUAAAUCUCAUUUCUAGGGCACGCUGGGGGAGUUUCUCUUCCACACCUUAAUUAUUUCGAUCCAGAACAGCUAGAUUUGGGGAUGGACUCAGCCACUCAUCUUAAAAGUUUGUCUAUUUGAAAACUUUGGCCAGGUGGCUGUCAGAUUGUCCCCCACGUCCCUUCUGCCAAAGGGCUUCAUGCUCUUGCUGGCUUCAUUUAUUUACAGCAAGUAAAUAACUUCAAAGCUCUUCACACCAUUGCUGCUUUUCCGCACAUCUCUGCAAUCUAGCAUUGAAGCUGCAGAGGUCUUUCCAUUGGUGCGAGUUGAACAUCUGUACAUCAAGCCAGACUGCAGGUGAGACAGGAAACAUCAGUAAAGAUUCCUUGGCUGAAUAGCAUUCUUUCCUUAUCAGCUGGCAAAGAACAGGCCUUAUUCUAGGGCUGUGUCUACACUACCACGGUAAGUCAACCUAUGCUAUGCAACUCCAGCUACGUGAAUAACGUAGCUGGAGUCGACGUACCUUGGGUGGAGUUACCGUGGGAUCUACACUGCAUCCCAUUGACUUACCUUACUCUUCUAGUGAGGGAGGUAAGAGUGCAGGGAUCAACUGGAGAGCGAUCUGCAGUUGAUUUGGCGGGUCUUUAAUAGACCCGCUAAAUCGAUUGCCGGUGGGUUGAUCUCAGCAUCGAUCCCUGCCAUAGUGUAGACCUGCCCUAGGACUUGUAGGGGGAUGCCUGAGCUCACUGUCAAGAGUCCAGUUACCUUGCCUGGCAGAGGGGCAGUGUAAGGCCAGGAAUUUUGUUUUUUCAAUGGGAGUAGCCAAGUGAUUUGGGUUGGGUUUUCAUGGCUGCAGAAAAAGAAGGAAAACAGAUUUUAGAAAUUAACUUGAAGUCUCCAUUACUGUGGAGGCCAGGAAGCGCAUGAGGGGCACAGACAGGGUUUGUACUGAAAUGAACCCACAGAAAGCCUCAGUGGGGGAUGUUGGAUAAUCCUAACCCGUGACUAGAAGCCUAAUAAGGCCACGGGCUCUAUCAUUAAAACAUCAGUCAAUAUUUGAAAUGUAUGCCCCCUUUAGUGUAAUCUGUCCAAAUCCAGUGGCCAGCAGAUUGCCACCAUCACAUAAGUGUGCUGCUGCUGUGCAGACGUCUCUUAAGCAAUAAGUGUGAAAUGGGCUCAAGUGUUGUAUAUGAAUAUUUGUGAAAAUUUGAUGGCAGAUGUAAUGUGCAUUUGAACUAUCAAGUGGUUGAAAUAUUGUAUUCCAGAAGCUGACAAGGACGACUGCUCUAACUGUGUGUACAGUGAGCUCACGUGUGUGUGGGGGGGGAGAAGUUCCAAAAAUGGAUGUCUAAGUUAAGGUCCUAUGUCCAUGUAGAGGCACCUAAAUAAGGGGACUGAUUUUUUUCAAUGGAGCUGAGCUCCCAGGAGCUCUCUCUGAUUUCAUGAAGAAGCAAAGAAAAGGCACAAGCCCAAAUUUUAAAAAGUUUUUUUUAGGUCACCGUUUAUUUCCAUUUCACUGAUCGCAGUAGUAGCUAGAGAGAAGUGCAAAUUAAAAGCCAUCUGGCUAGUACCAGUCAGUCAAAUGAAAAUCAAAGGUGACUUUAAUUGAAAGUGAUGACUUUUAAAAACUGGGCUUGCCCUCUGUGUUUUUCCUGAUGUGUAGGAAAUGGGCCUGAAACCUGUGGUGAGGCUUGGCUUUGUGCAUGUUUUUACCUUCAGAAAUAGCAGGAAUGUCAGUUUGGUGUUGGAGGAUGUGUAUUGUGAGCUCUCAUUCAUUAACUCAUUAAUCGAAGAGGGAAGGUGGUGUGGACACAGGCUAUGGCUACAGUAGAAAAAAGGUGGGGAGGUGGUAAGCCCAUGUUAGAUAAGCUGUGUUAAAAUCCUAGCGCAGACCGAGCAAGUUGUAGCUUUACCACAUGUUAGCUGGUCAAAGUAACCCCCUAGAAUUUACCUGACCAGAAUGUAUUAAAACCACACCUGCUUUGCCUGCACUCAGAUUUUAAUGUUAGCUAACAUGUUUCAACACUCAUUUUUCCCGGUGAAGACAAGGGCUAACAGAUGUCCUUUAUCAAGAAUGUUUAUCCGACAUGGAAGUAAAAUUGGUAUGCACUAAAAAAAGAGUUUAAACUAAAACACUCUCCCCUCUCAGCUUUUACUCUUGGCUCUUGUGAUACCAUCAUCAUUUGACUAGCUGGUUAGCCAGUUAAGACUGGGCUGGAAUGUAUAAAAUAAAUUGGGGAAGGGGGGAUCUUAAAGGUCUUAGGCGUUUUUUACAUCAUAAAGAAGUGAAGAAAAGGAACGAGCCUUGAGGCAGUUGACAUUUUCUUCCUUUUCAGGUCACCAUUAAGAAUUAGUAAAGGUUCAGUAGCUGUGUUCCUAUCGGGAACUUGUUUGUAUAGGAUACAUACAUAGAGGAGAACAGCUGCUUAGUGUGCAUCCAGCUCGCUGGGGCAGUAGAACCCUUCUCCAAACAUGCUCUUGUAAGCCUCUUGUUUGUGUGCUGUGCUCCUAGGGGAGACUGACAGAGCAAAGCCGCUGGCAUAGUGUGAGAGAUCCAUCAUGCUGCAGUGACUCCAGGCAGCCUCCUCCCACCCUGGUUUGAUGGUCCCUGGAUGAGCCCUGUAAUCAUGGGACUAUUGUCAUUCAGGUGUGGGAAAGGCAGAGAGAGCGAGCGAGUUAUUUGCUGUCAGGAUGUGCAGCUUCACUGGGGUUUCCUACUGAGCAGCUAGGGAAUGUCCUCUGUGCCCAUUAUUUUACAGUGUGGGGGGGAAAGCAGCACCGACUCCCCCGCUGUCAAGCUACCUGACGGAGCCAUCCUAGUGCAGUUAGCUGGGAUGAGAUUGGGAUCAUCUUAAUCCUUGACAGCCCCAGUGUUUAUGGGAGAGAUUAACUGAACAAACAUAGCCCCCCCUGCCCCCCGCCAUGAAGAACCACUCCCCCUUGUUAUAAAGUAAUGACCCAGUACUGCAUUUACGGUGGCACUGUAUGGCAGUGUUCUGGACCAUUUCUGUAUCAGUCUGUAGUCCUGUCAUUGAUAGGUACUGGGUGAUGACUAGCUCCUUAGUUUACGUUCUCACUGCACAGAUUCCCUGGCUUGGAAAGAUGACCUGUUGAUAUUAUUUGAUAGUAUUGUCAAACUUCAGUCUAUCAGCCCAUCUCAGCGGGAACAUUACCGUUGACCUUGUCCUGUUUUCAAGUUUAGGCUCCUUAGAUUUCUUGAGUCUGGGAGGAAAUAAAAGUUGGAACGCUGCAACGUAUGUUCCAUGUAAUGCCCUGCCACCCUAGAGCACCUGCUUGCUGCCUUUGGGACAAAUUCUGCCACUGUAGAGCCACAGUUAACUCUGGACAUCAGAAUGGGGAGCCUCGCAUUUACAGUGAAAUCUGCACCAACCAGCUUCCUUUUGAGCAACCAAUUUAAUGUAGUCACGUGUAGAGUUUCAGGUACAGAUUUGUUUGACCUUGAGGUUGGUUAUAAUAGACUUCCAGUUGAUGAUCUCUUGCAUUAUCAAUCAAAAGUCUGAAACUAAGGGGGUUUCACUGUAUUCCAAACUAACUGAAUUCUGUGUAGUGAUGAUCUGAUUAUUCACACAAUAUCUGUUUAACUUUUCUCACCCUUUUUAAAGAUGCUUUUCAAGUUGUCAAAUUGCUGGCUUCUUGCCAUAUUCUUCAAAAUGCCUUUUCUCAGAAUUCUACAAGGUUCAUUAACUGACGACAAUGCUGGGGGGAGGGGAGGAGGCAUUUGUUACAGCAGAAGAGCAGUGUGUAACCAAUUUCCCUAUCCUUUAUACCCUACUUAUAUUUGAAAUAUAAAAUAUUUUUCUGUCUUCCAUGGUGGUAGUCAUUGCCAAGAGAAGACAGCAGAAAGGUAACCAUGGUUUCUAAAAUACUGGGUGCUCGCACUAAGGAAAAUGUAUUUUGUCCAAUUACCAAACUGUCUUUCUGUAAGGGACUUGUUUUUGAUUGAAGAGUUAGAACAUUGUAUACUUGUGUGUAAUUUUAAGUUAAGAUCAUGAACUUUUUUAAAGAAAUUGCAAAAAUUACAUUUUCUAAUGUAAGUCCUAUAAAAGUUUAAUUGAAAAGGCCUUACUUGCUAAUGAGCUCUUGAAAGGGGUGGGUGCUGCUUUUCAAGAAGAUGCAUACCAUCCUGCAGAAUGUGAUGGGUGUCUAGUCUGAUACAUUGUAUCCUUUUUUGUGUCAGUCACUGAGAAGGAUUUCAGACAUGAGCUCUUUGAAUAAGGGCCUCAUGGAACUGGAUCCUGAAGUUUUUAGUUGGUCUGUGGCUUGUCUCAUACGGGAUAGGGGGAAAUCCUGUUUUAAAAUCCAUUGUGAUUAUUGUGCUGCAACUGUAACAUGCUCCCAGUCCAUUUCAGAGGCUGACCACAACAGCCAAACAAUGAUGAAAAUGCUGAUGCUGUCUUAGAAACCAGCUUUGUUAAGGAGGUCAGACUUCUGUAUCGCAUUGUAAUCAAGACCCUUCAGGACUGCAUGCGUGUGUAUGGUCAAUGCAUUUCUUGUUCUCUAAACAUUGUUCUCUGCUACGAGGAAAACACUGUGCAAUAAGUAAGAGUUAAUGUUUCAUUAUCAAUGUCAGUAAAAUAGUCUGUGGAAAACAAUAACCUUGAAAGGAUCUGAAAUGAUCACUGUAGCAAACAUAAAGAGCUCCUGAAGUUACAUCAUAUAGAUCUUUAGUUUGUUUUUUCAAAUUACUAUCAUGAUGUGCGUGUAUGUAUGUCUCUCACAGGAUUUGUGAGCCGUGCAUGGUUCUCUGACAUUUGUAUUCAACUCUGUCCUGAAUAACAAUUAAAGAGAGAAAAUCUUA